AUGGUGAAACAAGUAGGUGGGAGGGAUAAUUUAGGUUUUAUUCCUCAAGAUUACAACAACUACUUGCGAUCCAAAAGAACAAGAAAUAUCAGAGUUGGUGAUACAGGAGGUGUAUUGGAAUAUUUGCAGAAAAUACAGUUUGAUGAUCCUAAUUUUUUCUAUGCUAUUCAAGUUGAUGAAGAUGAUUUGAUAACUAAUAUUUUUUGGUGUGAUGCUAAGAUGAAAGCUGAUUUUGACAAUUUUGAAGAUGUUGUUUGCUUUGACACAACCUAUAGGAAGAACAAUGAAGGUCGUCCAAUUGCGUUGUUUGUGGGUGUUAAUCAUCAUAAACAAUCCAUAAUUUUUGGUGCAGCUUUAUUAUAUGAUGAAACAUCUUUGACAUUCGAGUGGUUGUUUGAUACAUUUACUAAAGCUAUGUGUGAAAAAAAACCAAUAACUAUUCGUACAGAUCAAGAUGCAGUAAUGGCAAAGGCUUUGACUUCCAGAUGGCCUGAAACACAUCAUCGUUUGUGUAUUUGGCACAUUUACCAAAAUGCGGAAAUACAUUUGAGUGGAGUUUUUUCUGAGUUCAAAGAGUUUGCUAAAGAUUUUGCCUCGUGUAUAUAUGAUUUUGAUGAAGAAGAAGAUUUUAUUUCAGCUUGGAACAUGAUGUUGACUAAGUAUGCACUUGAAGACAAUGAUUGGUUGAAUCGUAUGUUUUGCAUAAAAGAAAAAUGGGCUUUAGUAUAUGGACGACAUAUGUUUUGUACAGAUAUGACUACAACCCAAAGAAGUGAGAGCAUGAAUAGUAUUCUAAAAAGAUGGUGGAUGAGAGGUUACAAGUUAAUGAACCAACUGUCCAACACUCUAAUGAAAGAGAGUUUGAAAUUGGCGAAGGAAACUCUCUUGGAGUCAAAGGAAUUAAAACAAAGAAGAAAGCGGUUUCAGGCUAUAGAAGAGCAUUAUGAAAGUAUAUUCAGCAUGCCUAGUGUUGAAGGUUUGAGUAUGGCUGAAACUCAAUUUCAACCACUUUUGUCAACACAACUAUCUCAGGGACAUCAAUUGUGUGGAUGUUGCUACAAUGGAAUGCACGUCAACAAAAAGUGCAUCGCAGGUCGAAGGAGGGUUAUUCUUACGCAACAAAGAGUGAUGAUUGAUUCUUACGCAAAAAGUGCAUCGCAGUGCCUUGUUCUUUACCCCUUGUGUUUGUCAUCAAUGCAUCCAAAGAUGGUGAAGAACUUCAAUGGUCAAGAAUGUCAGAUUUGUGGUGAUACAGUUGGGCUCUCAGCCGCAGGGGAUCUAUUUGUUGCUUGUAAUGAGUGUGCCUUCCCAGUUUGCCGAGCUUGUUAUGAAUAUGAAAGGCAAUGUCAAGGUGGGAAGCAAAUGGCUGGGAGAAGAUGUUGA